GCCACUUUAUUCAAAAUUUACUCUAAACAAUCUCGACAACAUUGAGGAGAAACAACAAAAAGAAUCAAAUAGAGAAGAAAAAAUUUUUUCUACCAAAAUACAAAAACCAAAUUCAAUAAAUAUGAAUACAGAAAUAAAAAUGGAAACACCUAGUAAUGAAACAAUUCAAAUGUUAAAAAUUACUACCGUCGUGGAACUUAUGCGUAAUAAAACAAAAGAAUCUAAACUGCGCUCUAAACGAGAAACAAGAAGAUCUCUUUCUAUUGUUGCAAAACCACAAAAUUUAACAAACGAUGCUCCAUCGACAAUUUUAAUGAGAAAUUUUUAUCGAUUUCCAAGAACAACAACAACAACAACAGAGGAACCACUAAUCACCAGUCAAAUUAAUAAUAAUCCCAUUUUGAAUUAUGAUCAAAAUGAAAAUAUCAAUGUUUUUGAGACAAAAUCUCUUCCCGUACCACAUCCAUUUUCAUUUCUUCAAUUACCAAUUUCAGCUUACAAUGACACAAUUGCCACUGAAGUGGACAAUUUGAAUAUUUCACCACAAUUGCCAAAUUAUAUUAUUAAACGAAUAAAAACAUCAUCAAAAAUAGAUAAUCCAAUAAUUAGCACGACAUCACCAAAUACGUGGAAAAUUAAGAAACAAAGAGAAAUUUUAAAAAAACCAAAUGCUCCUCUUCUUAAGGAUGCUACAAAUGCGACAUAUAUAAAUAUAUUGGAUCAUCGAAAGGAUUUAUUGAAAGAAAUCGAGAGACAAACAGUUCCAGGUUAUCCAGCUGAUAUUCCACCAUAUAAUCCAGAUAUUAUACCCUAUGUUCAUGUACCUGAUUAUUCGGAUCAAAGAGAAGAGAGUCUCGAUAAAAAUGAUGGACAAAUUUCAAGAACAAAAUUCAAGGAUUAUGAGAAUCAGGAUUUUAUUGAUCCAACUUCUUCUGUUGACAACACUAAUGAAGCUGAGGCAGUGAAAGGAACUACAGACAAACCCAAAGUCAGUGCUCAGACGCCGUACGUUGAUAUUCAGGACUAUCGACCUGUCAAGGAUGCUUAUGAGUUCGAUAAGACGGAAGAAAUUCCGGUUCAUGAAACUCAAGAAUCUGAAGAUACAUCUCAAAAACAAUUAUCUCAAGAAACACAAACACCAAAGGAAUCAUCUGCUGAAGAUAAACGGCCAUUUAGCUUCAAGGAAUUAUUCAAGGAAUUAAAUUUACCAUAUAAUGAGGACGAUUUUAAUGAAACAAAAGAAGAAGAAGAAGAAGAAAAAGAAGAAUUAAAUGAAAACGACAAAGGCGACAAUGUUGAAGGAAACUAUUCUGAUAAAUAUAAAAAUGAAUCUCAGGAAUCUUCUUCAAGUUCAGAAAUUUAUUCUUCAGGGGAAAAUUUCAAUGACAAUAAUAAUGAACGUGAAAAAUCGACCGAAGUAGGUGAUGAUGAUCAUACAAAUGAGGAUGCAAAAUUAAUAAGAAUUACUGAUGAGGAAUUUAAAUAUGGGGAUAAAGAUUUUUUUAAACCUUUCUUUGAGAAUUCACGGGAAAUUAGUUCACACGAAUAUUAUUCUAAUGAUAAUGAUAAUGAAAAAAAAGAGAAUCGAAAGCGUGAGAUUCCUAAUCGUAGAGGAAUUUUUGAUAAUAAAUAUACAUCACGUUUGAAGGACAAGAGAAAUAAGUUACGAACUUAUUCGGAUAUUUUGUCGAAAACAAAAAAAAAGAAGAAGCAUGGUAAAAGAAUCUGA